AUGCAUGAACGACAUGCAAAACAUCCACAGUGCGCUGAGCUUUGGGAAGAUGGCCUUGCGCGCUUGGCCCUCCUCUCCCCCAUCUCUCUCUCCUCUGCCCUCCUGUCUCUUCCCCCUCCUCCUCCCUCAAACCUUGAACACUGCCCCCUGGUGGACAGACCUAUCUCCUACAGCUCUGUCUUUGCUCCAGAGGGCUCUGAGUUGCCUGAGGUCGUCAGCAGUGUAUUAGGCGUAGUCUAUGACAUCAUGGAAAAGGACAAAGAGGAGGAGGAGGAGGAGGAGAGAGAAGAGGUCCCUGUUUCUGGACAGAGCCAGGUACCAGAGUGGGCGCAGCAGGAGCUCAGUCAGACUAAGUUCAGAGGAGGCUGGGCUCAGACCUGGUUUCCUCAGAGCAACCACAGUGGAGUCAGCACCAACCUCAUGGAGAACAUCAGGCUAGUCCUUGCAGUUUCUGAGGAUGCCUCUGGGGGGUGUGAUGAGGAGCAGGAGUUCAUGUCCAACCUGAGUGUGUUGUAUCAGAGCUGCACCGGAAAAAAGAAGGGACACAAACGUGGUGCUCAGAGGACCCCAGUGAAGCAGAAGAUGAAAACGAUGAGCAGAUCAUUGCAGAUGUUGAACGUGGCUCGAUUAAACGUCAUAGCUCAAAAAACUCAGUCUGGCUCUGAGCCCAAUGGAGCUGAGAAACCCAAGAGGAGGUCUGGAGACAAGGACAAGACCAAGGACCACAACAAGAGUUUCUCGUGUGAGUCUGAUCUGGUGCAGUAUUUGAUGGAGACCUACAGUAAAACUGUAUCAGACCAAAGUCAAAAUCUGAGCUCUGGGCUCCAUAUGCUGCUGUCUGCUCUGAAGGUCUAUGAAGGAAAAGACACUGAGGUGAAGCAGUUUGAACUGGUGCAGUCUCACCUGUUGAAGAGCAGUAAGAGCAUUCGUCUGCAGUACAGCUCUGCCUCUGACACAGACUAUAAGAUCAGAGAGUGUCAGCUGCAAUGUCUCCUGAGGCUGGAGAUCUGUCGACUUGUCUCCGCUUUAAAGCCUGAGUCUGUGGACACCGAGCAAAUGGCUGAAGAGGUGGCCGAGAUGCUGAGAAUCAUCUCUUUGACCAAAGACCCAGUGUUUCUGACCAGAUUCCUCCAGGAAGACAUCAUUGUUCCUCUUUUUCUGUCCUCUAUUCCACGUGUUCUGGCUGAUGUGUACCACUCUCUGGGCACUCAGCUCCCAGAAUGCUUAUCAGCCGUCCUGCCCUCAGACUUCUUCAGUGAUGAGUCUGUGACGAAAGAUUCUCCACUGGAACAACCGGAGUCUAGGGCGCCCUCAACAGAGAGGGGAGAGGGAUUGCUGGAUUUGAGGGAGAGGUCUGCUGCAAAGAGGAGGAGCGGGAUGUUAACCCGCCAUCGCAGUAUGACUGAGAGCUCCCAGAGACAUAUUGAAGUACAUCUGCCCAAGAAGAAAGGAGCGGCCAUGACCAAGUCCAAGCCCAGUGUGGCUCCAGUGAAACCUGCUCCUGAACCAGAACCUCCCAAACCCAGGGCUGCUCAGGAGGUGACUAAAGUGCGCAGAAACCUUUUCAAUCAGGAAACACUGUCUUCUUCAAAGAGAAACAAACUUCCUCGCAGUCAGAGCGUGUCAGCAGUGGAGGGGCUCAAGCGUAAGCGCUCCUCUGAACCUGACGAUCACCACAAACUGCUAACCAAGAAAGUGUGUGAGACUCCUCUGCACAAACAAGUAUCCAACCGCCUUCUGCACAAACAGAGGAUGGGACGGAGGUCAAAUCCGUUAGAAGAGUGCAUCGUGGAGGAGUCUCCAGUCAAACCCACUGAAGAUCUUCGCAGGAGUCCUCGUCUGAAGCAGUUUUCUCGUCGUCACUCAUUUUACUCCAGUUCUCAGCCCCGUUCUCGAGCCCUGGACCGCGCCCUCUCCUCGUCUCUCCUUUCUUCCUCUCAGCCCUCUUCCUCUGUCCCCCCCUCCUCUCUCCUCUCCUCUUCUUUCUCUGAGGUAAACGUUUGCUCCGUUCGCUCUCCCAUGAGGCUUCUCUUUGGUGAGGCUCAGAGCCCUCACAGACCCCGACAAGAGCAGGGCAGAGCCAGUAGGAACGACAGGUGUGGCAGAACCAGGCUCUCCACUUCCUCCAGUGUCUUUGAGAGUCCAAAUAAAACUCCCACCAAGUCUCCGGGCCGACGCAGUUUAUUCGGAAGCACGACUCCCAAAACUCCUAAAACACCCAAAACUCCUCCAUCUUCAAGGAUGAGAUUUAAUGAUAGUCCAGCUUUUAACACACGAAAUAGCCCAUUCAAGUCACCCACCGCCAGAGGAAGCCCUUUCAAAUCCCCCUGCAGACGAGAACUGGUUUUAGAGACACCAAACAAGAACAGCCCGCUCAAAAGUAUCCUGAAAACACCGGUCAAAAAAACUGUAACUCCAAGGAAAACUGUAACGUGGUCACCUACCCCACAAGUGUCUGAAAACUCUCAAUUCAAGGUCCCAGAAUCUCCAAACAUGACAACGUUUGUACUUAAAACUCCAGAUAAAUUUGGGCAAAAAGUUGAAAUUUUGAAAACACCGGAUAAAUUGCCAGAUGAUAUCUUUGGAUGUCAAGUCAAUUUGGUGAAAAUUUCUCCUAAAAAUUCCAACAAAAUGGAAGACAAAACAUUGGAAACGCCACCUUCUCAAAAGAGAAAUGUCAGGUUCAGUCCAGCUUUACAAAUAGCGACUCAUUCGGCUAAAAGUUUGAUAUUUGAAACACCACAAAAACAAAAUCCAGAAAGAGGAAUAUUGCAAAAAUCGCCAGGAAAAUCUUUGCGUUCAACUAGGACAUCUACAAAUUCAAAAUUGCCAUCCACAAAUGUCUCACUUCAGCAAAAUGAGGAAAUAACUGAAGUUUCUUUCAAAGCCCGAAAAUCUCCAAGAUCAAGACUCAAUGAAGGUGAAAAUUCUAAACAAAAUCCUAAUAUUGUGGUGGAAUUUUCAACAGGAAGUUCCCCAGAAGUAAGAAUUCCAACCAAAGUGAAAAGAGACGCAAAAACCAGUCUGAACUUUGGAACCGGAGAUGGAAAGAGGAGACUGACAAGACAGAAUUCCAAAUCACAUUCCAAUGAAGAUUUGGGAAGUUUAAAUGAUAGUUUGAAAGUGCAGAAUGAUUCUGAAGCUGGAACUUUUCAAAUAUCAAAGCGCAAUUCACGAUCAAGGUCUAACGGAAGUAUUUGCAACCAAGAAACUCCAGACAUUUGUAAGAAUUUGAUACUGGACAAGACAGGAACAAGGCAAAAACAUUCUAAAUCUAAUGAUGGAUUGGAGCAAAAUUUGGGAGCUGCAGAUGAUUUGAUGCAAGAAAAUUCAGGAAAUGUACAACAAAAAGAAACAGAUUUGGUUUCUCCAAAAGCAAAGACGACAAGAAAAAAGACUAAGUCAAGGUCUAAGGAUGGUGUCAGUUCAAAAUUAGGAGAUGAAUUUGAAGAUUCUGAGCAAGAAAAGCAGCCGAGUAUAACACAGAAAGCAAAACCCAGGUCACAAGAAAAGAUUUCUGAAGGUUUGAACCAAAAAGUGGAGGAUCUUGUCGAGGAAAAAUCAACAAAUCCUAAAGUUAAACAGCAAAACUCCAAGACAAGAUCGAAUGACGGCAUUUCGAACCCAGAAACUGAAGAUUUGAUGCCAGAAAAAUCACCAAAUUUGAGGAAAAGGAGAAGGGAGAAUUCAGUUUUACAAGAAAUCUGUGAAAACCUGUCAAACUCAAAAGAAAAUUUGAGCAAAGAGGAUGUCACGUCUUCAGAUAUUGCAGAAACUAGUAAAAAAUCAGAUUUGGAAGAAGAAAUUCAAAACGAUUCCAGUUUGCAGUUGGCUUCCACAGACGAUGACAGUGUCGACAUUGUUAACGCCUCUGUCGUCAAAGCGCAGGGUCUCAAAAUGAACAUUAGCUUUUCACGCAAACCCUCGAAAACCGGAGAUGACUUUUUGUCCGAUAUUUCAUCACCAAAAAAUCCCAAAGGAACGCCAGCGAGGAGCUAUGGUUUCCGCCAAACUCCGGAUCGACGACAACGUGAGGCAGCUGUGCGUCUGGGCUAUGCUAAUGAUUCUUCAACCCCACGCGGAGUUGGCAAGAAGGACACCUGCUUAACUUACCAAGUGGAGAUGGAAAUGCAAUCAUCAGGGUUGCCUAAACUGAAACUUAAACGGACCGAUUCGGAUUUGGGAAGUCCAGUGGUGCAAAAGAAGACUAGAGCAGACGUAGGUUGUGUUUCCCCAUCAGUUUGCUCUCACAGAACUCCAGCGAAAAGGACUAAACCAGGGACACAGAUGUAUAUUUGUCAGUCAUACACACCCACGAGAGUCCAGAGUUCACCUGUAGCCACCUCCGACACAUUUACACUCUCGCCAUCUCCUCAGAGUGCUGGGAAACUCACUCCUGAUUACCUCAACAGCUGGCCCAGAAAAAAGAGGGUCAAGGUGCAAGAGGGAGGAGCUAAGGAGAGGAGGGCAGAGGAGGGUCAGGUGGAGGAGGGAGUGAAGGAGCGGUGCAUUGCAUUGUACCAUGUGGGAGCUUUGGAGUGUGAGCUAGGCGUUGGUCGGCUGCAAGAUCUAGAGGAGGAGCAGAGGAUGUCUCCGGAGCAAGGACUGAUGUGGAUGGACAAGAUGGAGGAUGAUUUCUGGAGCGGAGACACAGGGGCAGCUUUUGGUGUCUUGACUUUGACCUCUCAUUCCUCAAUGCUGCUCUGUGAGCCCAAAUCAACCGAAGAAUCAGAGCUUUUAGACCAAUCAAAGCAGCAGCAGGAGCAAUUCAAGAUGGAUUAUUGUGAGUUUGUGGUCACAGGAAUAUCAGAGAAUUCAUCUUCUGGCUCCAGUGAUCUUGUAGGUAUAGAGAAUAAGUGCUACACCCCCUCCAAGAAGAGGAAACCAGUCACAGCCAGCGGGAUUUUGGCUCUGACCAACUCUCCUCUACUGUUCAAGACGUCAUCUGCCUCCAAGAACACCCCAAACAGGACAGGUGAGGAAAGGCGGCAGGUGAGCAGGGUGGCAGGAGAGUCCACGUUCGAUCCUGAUAUUUCUCCUUUUGAAAAACCAAUCCGACACUCCACCACCAAAACCUACAGUCGCAAGAGACUGCUGCCUUAGAACAAAACAUUUUAAAUAUUGAAAAAAGACUGCUGCUAUAGAACACGGUACCUUCAGUACUACAGACCCAAAAAGGAAUAGUUAUAGUUACAAGAGAUUGUUGGUUUACAUUAAUCUAAAAUGAGUCCAUGACAAUCAAGACCGUUGGUUGAAUAAAAUUGGAAAGCUGCACAUUUAGGCCCAAUCAGAACAGAAAUGGCGCAAGUGGUUGACAUAAUAAAGACACACUACAUUACCUCUCUGGAAUGGGGGUCUCUAUGGAGAUGCUAUUGCUUUCCCUGGGUUGUUCCAUUGUAUGGCAUUAAACAUCUAAUGCCAAACGGUAACCCUGGAUUCAUGUGUUCUUACUAUGAGCGGGUUCAUCUCUCCACAGAUCUGACCUGUAAUUUUAUUUAACUUGAUUUCACAGAGAUAUGGUUUUGGUAUUGUGCAAAAUCAAUUGUUUUAAGCUUUCUACCUCAUUGCAACAUUCCCUCAUCAAAAACAUGUCUGAAGAGAUUUUAGAUGUUAACUGUGCUUGUUUGAGUGUUUUAGCGAUCUCUCCUGGAUCCUAUUUGAGCCCUCCUUAUAACUGCAAUGCUCUGCCCACAAGCCUAUGUGACACAUGUUCCCUAACAACAAUUCUACAUAAAUAUACAAAAGCAGGAGAUACAAUUUUACACAACAACUUCACAAACUUGACAGGAUGUGCAGUAGAUGCAUUAGUGGGUGAGUUGUGUUUUGAUAGCGCUCUGAGGGGGAGUAACUUAACACGGGAAGCAAACGGAGAGGGGGUCUUGAAGUGUCAGACACAAAAGUGAAACAUGUUGAUACAUUUUUCAGCAAAUUAGCAUUUUCAAAAUGAUAAAAUGGUGAUCUAAAUAUGCUAUGUGUUAGGAGUUAGUACCCCAUAGAAGUUUAAUUCCCCUCUUUAAUGACAUACUGUGGAGCAUUCCAGGCAGGUCUCUGUGGAGAUAAGCAAGUAGCAGAACCUCCUCUGAAAAAGUUGCAUAGUGCAACUUUAAAUAAAAUGUUAUCUCAAGAAAUAUUUCCAGUUUAAAUUUCUUUCACAUUAAAUUGAAUUCCUGUACCUUUAGAGAAGCCUGUUUGUCUCUCUCUGCAUGAAUUAGUAAGUAAAUUAUUUAAAUUUCCUUUCAAAUGACAAUUCUAAUGUAAAUUGAAAUUCUCAAUCUGGAGCUGUUCACAUCCAUUUAUUGUUCCUCAAAUUUUUAAUCAAGACUGAAGUAACAUGUGACCAUAUUAAGUAUUUAUUUUAAUUUAGUCUCAAACUGUUUUAAGGAAAAGGAGCUGUCUAUGUUGUAAAUAUUGUUUCAAACUAAUGUAAAUAAAUGGAGAUUUUAAUGUU